AAAAUGGGCUGCUGCGUGCGCGCACUCGGCGAGUCUUCCGGCGGGUUCGUCCGCUUCCUUUCCUGCUGCGCGUGAGAAGAGGCGCGAAGCGCGCGUAGGAACGCUGCAGGAAUUCCUUUGCUGCCCUUCCUCUCCUUCGAAGAUGACAAGUCCUGCCAUCCCUUCUUACUAACUUUGGGCCGUCAGGCAAUUGGUUGGGACCCGCUCCAACCCUAGGUUUUUCCUGCAAUACAGUGGAUACAAUUUGUCAUGGCUACUCUGAGUGUUAUAGGUUCAAGUUCACUUAUUGCCUAUGCUGUAUUCCAGAAUAUACAGAAAUCUCCAGAGAUAAGACCACUUUUUUAUCUGAGCUUCUGUGACCUGCUCCUGGGACUUUGCUGGCUCACAGAGACACUUCUCUAUGGAGCUUCUGUAGCAAAUAAGGACAUCAUCUGCUAUAACCUACAAGCAGUGGGACAGAUAUUCUACAUUUCCUCAUUUCUCUACACCAUCAAUUACAUCUGGUAUUUGUACACAGAACUGAGGAUGAAACACACCCAGAGUGGACAGAGCACAUCUCCACUGGUGAUAGAUUAUACUUGUCGAGUUGGUCAAAUGGCCUUUGUUUUCUCAAGCUUGAUACCUCUACUAUUGAUGACACCUGUAUUCUGUCUGGGCAAUACUAGUGAAUGUUUCCAAAACUUCAGUCAGAGCCACAAGUGUAUCCUGAUGCACUCACCACCAUCAGCCAUGGCUGAACUCCCACCUUCUGCCAACACAUCUGUCUGUAGCACACUUUAUUUUUAUGGUAUCACCAUUUUCCUGGGCAGCUUUGUACUCAGCCUCCUUACCAUUAUGGUCUUACUUAUCCGGGCCCAGACAUUGUAUAAGAAGUUUGUGAAGUCAUCUGGCUUUCUGGGGAGUGAACAGUGGGCAGUGAUUCACAUUGUGGACCAGCGGGUACGCUUAUACCCAGUGGCCUUCUUUUGCUGCUGGGGCCCAGCUGUCAUUCUGAUGAUCAUAAAGCUGACUAAGCCACAGGACACCAAGCUUCACAUGGCCCUUUAUGUUCUCCAGGCUCUGACGGCAACAUCUCAGGGUCUACUCAACUGUGGAGUAUAUGGCUGGACGCAGCACAAAUUCCACCAACUAAAGCAGGAAACUCGGCGUGAUGCAGAUACCCAGACACCAUUAUUAUGCUCACAGAAGAGAUUCUAUAGCAGGGGCUUAAAUUCACUGGAAUCCGCCCUUACUUUUCCUACCAGUACUUCCACCAUUCUUUGAAACUACAAUACUGGAACAUCCAGGAACUGGAGUUAUUCUGCGCUAAUGGAUUGGAAAGAAUGUUGGGAAAGGACAUCUUAAAUCUUUUCUAACUAUGCCCUAAACUGCAGAGCUCAAAGGAAAUAUAGUGCCAUUGGUUAGUAGUCAUUCUAAGUGAAUUGGGAGUAUCUCUGCAGUUAUUCCCAGAUUCACUAGUGAUCCUUAAAUUCUAGAGAUUCAGGGAGAGGAAGACACUUUCCAUCUCAGAGAUACCUUGUUACCUUGAUGGAUAUUAGAUUUGUUUAAGUCUUUUCUAGAAAAAAUAAAUUUUAGAUUAUUAUUUA